AUGGCGGCGCGGGCGGGGGCGGGGGAGGCGCCCGGGGGGGAGAGUGGGGCGCCGGAGGGGUUCGUGUGGCCUGAGUUCCGCUCGUUUCCGCCCUUCUACACGAUCCAGCCCGUGGAACAGACGCGGGAGCGGCAGCUGGCUGUGUGGCGGGACCUCGUGGUGCGGUUCUGCAGGGCCGCGCGCCUCUUCGUGCUCACCACGGACGAAUCGGACGACGGCCCGCUGUUCCAGAACGAGGCGAUCAACAGGAAGCUCCCGGCGUCGGGCCGCGUGGCGGUCCUCGACAGCCUCGCCGCCCGCGGGCAAGCGCACUGGCUCGACAAACACAAGAGGCGCUGCGCCGUGUUCUUCCGCCCGCUGGAGGAGCUCGCGGACGACCUGGAGAAGUGGGCGCGCGACAUGGGGUACAGCGGCAGCGUCGUGACCUUCGACGAGAUCUCCUCCGGCCCGGAAACGAGCCACACAGACCUGCAUGGCAUGCACCACGACGCGCUGCGCAUCGUGGCGGGCGUCCUCGAGCGGCGCGGCCGCGCCGCCGUCUUCGCCAGCGACGUCACCGGGGACGAGGGCAUCAAGUUCCUGUGA